UUCAGUACACCCUAAACCAUCGUCGCGGUUAGAGGAUCUCUUCCAUCUCCAUACCCGCACACGUGCAUGUAGACACACGCAGGCACGAACCGUACGCAUAUUAUACGCACCUAUACAUACCUUUUUUAAUCAUAUUCCCGCGUCACGUACGAAGUCACAGUCUCGCUCGAAUCCAGCCGAUUGAGUAUUUUUGCCCUUCGCGAGGUGCGCUUCGACAUCACCACCACCGGCGUGGACCCUAAAAUCCAGGCUGCGUGCACGUAAUCCAGCACAGUGUCGUGGGACGAAAGUGGCGGGUGGUGUGUUUACUGCGGUGGCGGCGAGGGUAUUAUCCUGACGAAACUAAAACUAGUCAGGUCAGUAACACGGGAUGCGACUAAAGCCCUGCCUCGCAACCUUCUAUCUCCUAUUGCUUUCGAUCGUCUCGACCUAUAUUACCCCUGCAUUCGGUUCUGAUAUACUUCGUUACAAGCGCUCGAAACAUCGUUAUUUUACGGUUGACAGCGACAAUGGUGUGUCGCCGAGCAUCGGGAGUCCUCCGUCCACCACACCGACCUCGAUGGAUGAUGGAUCCACAGAUUCGGAGAAGCGACACAUCCACAAGAACGGUGAUCCGUGCCUGGUGAAGUAUUGCGGCGCGGGAAGAGAGUGCCAAGUCUCCACGGACGACGGGGAGAUCGUCGCCACGUGCGUCUGCGUUCGUAGAUGCGCGCGGAGACAUCGACCGGUCUGUGCGAGCAAUGGCAGGGUGUAUGUCAAUCACUGUGAGAUGCAUCGCGCGGCCUGCAAUGCCGACACGCCAUUAACCACGCGAAGGCUCUCCAGAUGCCUGAGCAAUGGUAAUUACAGCGCGCAGGCACGGAAAGAUUUCUUCGCGUAUCAUGCCUCGUCUAAAAACAAGAACAUCCUGAACGCUAAGUCUAAGAAUAAGAUGAAGCAUCAUUCGGGGAGCAAAUCGAUCUUGCGAAAGAACGGUUACGGUAUCGAGGAGUGUUCGGCGCAGGAAUACGAGAUCAUGAAAGACAACUUGCUUCUGUACAGCCAUGCCAGAUUAAUGGCUGAGGAUAAUCACAGUAAAGAAUACUUGGUCAGCAUCAUGUUUUCUCACUACGACAGAAACAAUGAUGGCAAUUUAGAGCGAGAGGAGCUCGUGCAGAUCGCCAAGGAAGAAAACAUGGAAGAGUUAUGUGCGGGAUGCAACUUGAGCCACAUGAUUAGCUACGAUGACACUGAUGGUGACGGUAGAUUGAACGUUAACGAGUUCUAUAUGGCUUUCAGCAAACUUUAUAGUGUAUCGGUGGUAUCGUUGGAUAAAUCCCUCGAAGUGAAUCACAUAUCCGCGCGAGUCGGGGACAACGUUGAGAUUAAGUGCGACGUCACUGGAACACCACCCCCGCCCUUGAUCUGGCGCCGUUAUGGUACAGACGUGGAAACCCUCAGCGAACCGGAGAUUCGUGUCUUCAAUGACGGCAGUCUCUAUCUAACGAAUGUGCAGUUGGAACAUGCUGGCAAUUACACGUGCCACGCUCUCAGGAAUCAAGAUGUGGUGCAGACUCACGUGCUUACCAUAUACACUGUACCUGAAGUCAGGGUAACACCACAGUUUCAAUCUAAACGGCCGAAGGGGAUGGCGAAGAUGAGAUGCCACGUGGUAGGUGAGCCUCUCCCACAUGUACGAUGGCUGAAGAACGACAAACCCCUGAGCGAGGAUCAGCCAGACAAGUACGAGGUAAUCGGGAAUGGUACCAAGUUGUUAAUCAGGAAGGUCGAUUAUGCCGACACCGGGGCCUACAUGUGCGAAGCGACCAGCAUGGGGGGACUAACGAGAGACAUUAGUAGUUUGGUGAUUCAAGACCAACCUACACCAAUUGCAACGGAUGAAGAACGCAGAUUCUUGUCUUUUCACGAAUGGGGAAUUUUAGUAUACGAACCGUCUACGUGUCAUGCGUUACACGAAAUUCAUUCCACAGACAUCAUACCUGGUACCCAGGAAUACGUCUGUGGGCCUAGAAAUGUUCCAUGUUCUUGGGGACGUGCCAUAAAUGUCGCUGACAGAUAUGUGUACGUUAGUCAACCAGACAAGAAUCGCGUGCUUGUAAUUAGCGAAGUGCAGAUGAUGAUAAUCGAUGUAGUGGCUACAGACAAAAACCCCGUGGAUCUGUGGUACGUACAAAACCUUGAUCACGUCUGGGUAUUAAAUUGGAGGAGCGAAAUGGAUGUUGGCAUCAAGACCGUGCAGGUAAUCAAAGAAGCUGCUCAACGGAAAAAACACCAUACCAUGCGACUAGAGCCUAUCGAUGCGCAAUUCGAUCUCGUGAAAGGCCUGUAUAUUCCGCAGCAACGGGAUACAAAACACACGUUUAAGUACGGUUACGUGACCCAUGCGAAUCAGCAUGGAAUGUAUAAGCUCGAUCUAGCUAACAUGAGAUACACUCGUACCGUGAACCUAGCCAACUACAAUUGUGUGCCAACAAGCAUGGAAUUCUCCGAUCUUUAUGGUUUUGUGAUACUGGAAUGCGAAGAACUGAACACUGGUCGACCGACUGGUCAAGUACUAUUGGACUAUCUUACUGAUAGCGUUCUAGCUCAUAAACCGAGCAUCCUGGGAAAACCGGCAAUUUCGCCUGAUUCCAGAUAUCUAGUUACUCUUGACAAACAAAACACCGGUGUCACUCUCGUGGUGCAGGAAAUAUUAUCAAAUGGAUUAAAAUUCGCUUUUGAUGUGAAAACGACUUUAAAUAUCAGCGACAUUACUUUCUAUCCAUCACAAACCACACAUAGUUAUGACAUAUAUGCUUCAUCGAUAGACAAAGAAGAUAUCCUAUUUCUAGAUUUAACUACCGGGAAAGUGGAAAUGAUAACAGGUGUGGGAAAGGCAACACCACCACAUCUCACCAAAUGGGGUAAUCCGAAUAGACCGAUAAUACAAAGUGGUAUAUUUGGUCGAUAUAUGGUAAGCCCUUCUAACCAGGCGCUCUUUGUUCUCAACGGGGAGACUCGUACGGUGAAUUGUGAGAUUGGUGGCCUUAUACAUCCCGGCGCGAUUGUUUGGUUCACUGUUUCGCUGCGUUAAUGAAUGUAGCUUCGUGACGACGACAAUACGAGACGUACGUAUAUAAAUUGAACAUAGGAAUCCGAGCGAGUACCAAAGCCAGUAUACCGAGAAAACUUAGAUGGAAUUAAAGAUAACAUAGAAAAAUAAAUUAUGCGAUAAAUGUCUUCAUCUUCUCUAGAGAGUUAUUUUUAAAUAUCGAACUUUUACAUAUUUUUGCAUUAUGAAAUUAAAGCUUGCAUAUCGUUAUCGUGAAGAAAGUUUCACUAUUCGGAUGACAGAUUUUUAGAAUUGAGAUAGUUAAUAAAAACUAUAAAUUAUUAUCAAUACAUAUCAAAUGACUGCCAAAUAUUGUUUAUUUAAACACUAUCUCUUUGCUCGAUUAACAAUCGUAAUACCGGGAAUUUAAACUAAUAUAUUUUCAAUAAAAUCAGAUUUUAAUGCCAUAAAUAUUUAUAUAUAAAAAUGAUUUCCAUGCGAUGAUUAAAAAAACAAUAAUUGAUGUAAAAUAUCUAAUCAUUGAAAAAUGGAAAAUCACAAAUUAUGCCUAUUUCAUCUCUUCCUUGGACAUGAUAAAUUUAUUUUGAAAAUACUUAUCUAGAAAAGAUGAAGAAAUUAUGUAACGUUGAGUGUAUGAGAAUAACGAGCGAUGAAAAACGACGAAAAGAUGGCUAUAAUAGAAAAAUAAAUAUGAUUGAAAUAAAUAAGCUACUUAAAUUGUAGCAUUAAGUGCGCAUGUUGAAUAGGGCAGAUGCACCAGUGAGAGUAAUCGCUUAAGAACGGACGAAUACUCUUAUAAAUAAUUUCAAGUUUUUUUUUCUACAAGUACAAAUUAUUUCGUCAUA